UGGGCCGUACCUACCAAGGAAUGCCUCGAACGAGCACAGAGCAAUCUCGAAAAUGACUUGUGUGAUCUGUUGCUUAACUUCAUGUUUACUUUGAACCGAGCUUCCGAUCCGUUACUGGAGUCCUACCUUACUUACGCUACGACGGGAAGCGAUAAAAUCAGCUCCGCGACAUCUCCAUUAAUAUCCAAUGAGUUACUGUUACAACCGCAGACAUUUGUUGCACGACUCACGCCAUUCGGAUUACCCACCAUUAGCCGCAAUGCUCACCAGUGGACGUUGAUUCUCAAACUACUACCGACCAUACUUACCACUAUCGACGCCGAUAAACUCAUUCAACAAUUACAACAAUCUAAUGACGACACAUGGAUGACAUUGCUUCAAGAAAUAAUCAUUUUGCUCUGUCAUAUCAUCGCCGUGAGCUUACAUCCUGAGCAUUAUGCCGUCACUGAGCACCCACCUCAGACCAAACCAACCACGUUCGCCCCGUCUGCUUCAUUCCAUACGCUGCAAGGGUUCGAUUCGCAGCUUUCUUUCAAUACAACUAGUUCUUCACAGCCUAUGGGAUUUGAUCCGGAAGCUACUAUCGAGCUCGAUAAUUUUGAAGGUGGAGAUACCCAGAUCCAGGAACAGGAUGAUGCGUCGGUCAAGGACGGCAAGACCAAUACAACCAAUACAGCAAAGAGUGUCGAGACUGUGAAUGCCAUCCUGGCCGCGCAAUUGAUCAUCGAUUUAGUGGAAAAGAAAGGCGCGAGAAGGAUGUUUGAAGUGAGAAAUAAUCGCAUACGAAUGGACAGCAUGAAAGAAGACGGAGACGAAGGGGAAAAAGAUGGAAUAGAAAUGGAAGGUCCGUGGGCAACAUGUCAACAGAUAUUAAAAAAAUCGCCAACCUCGACGAGUACUUUGGCAGCAGCUUCCGAUCCUCAGAUACAAAAAGCCGUGCUUCUCAUUGAACGAUUGACCGACCGGGAAUUGGAACGAAGGAUGGCGGUGCACAUGAAAUACCAUGAAUUGGAAGACGAAGGUACAGCGCGCGCCAUGCCCAGUGCUGGACUCAUGGGUUUACUUUAUCAUAUGGUACAAAUCCGGCCCUGUCUGGAUGAUCAGUUUAUCGUAGAUUAUUUAUUGAAAUUGCAAACCAUCAAGGGGUCCUUUGACGAGUCAUUCUAUCUUGAGCUGUGGUUCACCGCCUUGACUGGACUACGUGAGGCAUCUUUAAGCACAAGCUGUCAGAGACGGCCAACCGAGAAGCAGUCAGAAAACAGCACUACGUCCGAAACCUGUCCCACAUCCGUAGCAACGAAUCGAUUACUAUGGAAAAGUCUCGUUCUUGUAAAGUUAAAUACCUUGGAAUCAUCGUUAAGUGAACUCAAAGCGUUCACUGGUCUUUUGAAUGCAUGCAGUCCUCCAGCAUGCUGUUCCGAAUUCUAUGCCCCGUCUUCUUUAUCUUCAUCUCUCGUCGAUAAAAUCGCCCAAGGGGGAGAAGAUGACGACGACGACGAUAUUAUGAAGAUGAUCAACGAUAUGAGUUAUUCCGUCGAUCUGAACACGCCAGCAGUGACAAAAGCUAUCCGAGCCGCCAGUAAUCAAGACAUAUUCACUAGUAUCGUCAAUGUAUGUGAACAGUAUGGAUUUGUAAGGAAGUAUAUUGGUGAGAAACUAUUGGCGAAGGAUGCUGCGACGGACGAUGAUAAAGAAAAGGGCAAGGAUAAAGAUAUAAAAUUGGAUCAAGACGAUUUUUCUGGCUUUUUGGAUACGGAUAAUAUCGACCAACGUAUUGAAGCUAUUCGAAGCAACGUGUCCCACACAUCACUGUUAGAAUUAAUCCACAUUGGCCUUGUUUCCAUCCCUCAUCUGCGAAAAGUCGUCGAGUUCUUCGUUGAAUAUAUUCAUGAAAAAGCCAGCGCUCGUGAGGUAUAUUCGUUGGCCCAUUUGUGUCAGGCCUUGAGUGAAUGCCCCAGUAUGAUCGAUCUCAUGGUGCAAAUACAUCAUCCAUCUGCGUUUUUGCGACCGCUCGAAAAAUUUUGUAACGAGUGGAAACCAUCGGACAGCGAGAUGGAGACGGACGGUGGCCCAAGUGAUGAGGAGUUGGACGGAAUUCAAUUACUGUAUAGCAAAUUUGGCGACAUUUGGACAUUUGUGGUGCUAGUCAUUCACAAGUUCAAUUUGUACCGAAGCAUUGGCAAUAUUUUCCAAUCCCAGCAUCAAUUUUGCUGCCAGUUCUUUACACAACACCCCUCCAUCUACGGUAUAGAUGUACGGGAUCACGCUAUGGAAUCACUCCUGCAAAAUUGGCAGAUCGCUCUCGGAGGUGGGGACGGCGUAUCCGACGACCUGCUCAGGUCCACCAGUCCGCAGCAAUGGUUAAUGAUGGCACCCACCGUUAUGGAACGAGCACUUCUUGUUUACAAUUCCGGACAAAUGGAGGAAGAUGUGUUCCUCGGGAUUCUCUCGUAUUAUCAAACUCGAUUCCUCAGUUUUGCCGUGGCUCCUAAUACCAUUAUUACCAUUUGCGAACACCUGCUGAAUCAAUCGAAGUCAUCAGCCAUUCACGCCUUGCGCAUCUUGCUAACCAACGACAAGUUACCUCUUAUUGUCCUCCAAAUUUGUGGAAACACCGUGCUUGGAACGAUCGCGGCUCUCACCGAAAAGCGGCGGCAGCAGCAUUGGUUUAGCAACCAACACAGGGAUACAACGAUGGAAAAUGGCGAUAUCGAGAAUGAUCUUUUGCAAUUGAGGACUCUGGUGCAAAGCAAACUUGGCAUGGAAGAACCCACGGAGACCGAAGCAGGGAUGAUUACGGCCACUGAAAUCACCAGCCAUACGCUAUUCGAGAAAACGCAGGAAAUGUUCCGUUAUAUCGUUCGAAGUGGACGGUCCAUGUUUAUGAACGACGUGGAUGCUGUUGCAGCAGCGGUAUCGGAUCAGUCAAAGCAGCCCAAGCAAAUGGUAUCGCACUACCUGGAUAUGGUGAUGUUCCAAACCUCACUGGACAUGGGCGGCGUGCAUGGAUUUGUCACUAUGAUCGUCGAUGAAGUUUUGGAAGCUGGAAAAAGUGGUGGCGCUGUACGAGCAGCCGAACUGGGUUCUUGUUUAAUUGCGACCCCCUUGAUGCAUACCGUGAACGAUCACAGUAACUGCUUCAAUUUACUACAUUGUUUAUUGUUGGAUGUCAUUCCUGCUUCUAUUCGACAUAGCGCAGCAAGUAAUGCAUCCUUCUUCCAGGGACAGACAUUAGGUGUAUUUGCCAGCGAUUGUCUUGUAUUAAUGCAAGGACGAAGUCACGAUACGGUUCAGAUGUCGGUAGAAGAACUGGGCCAAGAUUUUUUCAAUGCACUUACAGUAGAUGAGGCCAUCUCAAGACAGCCACGAAGGUCUGCUAGCCGUAUUGAAAAAGAUGGCGGCCGAUUUGCCGAUUGGGAUCUUGUAGUUAUAGAAAGUGCGGUUUGGCGUGGGUUUAUCAAAGGCUUAAUGAGCAAUCCGCUCAUCAAGGAAAUGUGGCCCAGUGCAUUCUUAGUACACUAA